AUGGAACCAGGAUUUACGAAAGCCGACACAAACUCACUCCCAAAAGUGGACUUCUACAUGGUACAAUAUUUUCUUACAACUAACGAAAAAUUUCGAGAUGCCAAUAAAAAGGGAAAAAUAGAAAGGUCAUCAAAUCCCGAUUAUUUAAAGUCCGCGAUCGGACGGGUACAGCUUAAAAUCGAUGGGAGCCUAUGCACGGUAAAGGCGAAAAUAGUUCCGGAGCACAAAAUUACUGCUAGGCAAUAUUCUGUGGUCGCAAUCAUAAAUACGGUUGAAGAAAAGGUCGUCGAUAUUUUUUGUGAAAACGACACACAGGGAUGUAAGGCAGCCGCGGGUGGUUGUAAACAUGCCAUAGCGUUCCUGUUCUACUUGUAUGAAAAAUAUAAUCAACCGUCUCCUACAGAUUCUACGUGCCUCUGGAAAGUGCCAAAUUUAUCAAAAGUAGAGGAAAAUAUUGAAAAAUUUAACCUUGAAAAAUAUCGUGAUUCUGGAGUAUCUAAUACAAAUCAGAUUGUUAAUGGAAGUAAUAGAUUUCUCCAAACAUUGAUUGAGAAAUGUGUCCAUAGCGGCCCUAUCAGUUCAUUGAAAUACCAUCAGACGUUCCCAAAAGAGGAAGGAUAUGGUUUGCAUUGUCUUUUAAUAGACUUUAAAGAGACUCUAGAAGCAAAACAAAGUUCGAAACGUUUCAUUCAGUAUUGCAAACAUACGAUGGUGGACAGUGUAUGCAAAAAAAUUGAAACUAUCACUCUAGGGCAGGAGUGUUCCUUGUGGAAGUUGCUUAAAUAUGGGCGUAUAACAGCUUCGAAAAUUUUUGACCUAUCAAGAUGUCAGACUGGAGAUGGUUCACUCGUAAGGUCAGUGCUAGGCCAAUCCAGUUUCACAAGUGAGGCAAUGAAACGAGGAUUGCAACUGGAAGCCAAGGUGGUAAGAGUCAUAAGAACGCGAUACCGAAAUGUUCGCAGAUGUGGACUUUUUUUAAAUCCUCAUUACCCCGCGUUUGGUGCUUCUCCAGAUGCGAUCAACAGCUCAACAGUGUUUGAAAUAAAAUGCCCUUCGAAAAAUGAAAAUGUUAAAUACUAUAUUGACGAAAAUGCUAAUUUAAAAGAUAGAGUGAAAUCUCAAAUCCAUCUCCAGAUGGUAAUGUCAAAUCGUAGUAAAGGGGUUUUAGUGUUAGUUCUGCCUGAAUUCGAAAAGAGUCGAAAUCCUCUACAAUUUGUAGAAUUCCAUGAUAUUGAUUUAGAUAUAGAUUAUAUAGAACAAAAAAUGUCAGACAGCUACAAAUUCUGGAAAACCAAUAUAUUUAAUAAACUUUAUGCAACUUUUUAA